UGCUGGCCACGACACACACAGACAAAAGAGCCCUCCGGUCGCACGUGUCCGUUCCGCUCGGGCCCGCCGCUGCUAGUCCAAACAGAGAAGCAAUCCAUCGCAGACCCCGCGUGGCCGUGCAGUCAGAGCACAGGGAGUGUGACAGGGAGAAAGAGAGAGCUAGGAGCAAAGCGAUCAGAGCAGGGAUGGAGAUCGCCAAGAACGUUCGCGACUUCCUCGUCGGCAUGAAGGAGACGCUGUCCCCCGAGGAAGACCAGUUGCUCUCAAGCCUGCAGACGCUGCACGAGCAGUACCUGAAUAUCAUGGAUGACUUCUCGCUGCAGGUUUCGGAAAAGGCUCUGAGCAUGAGCCCCGAGGCGCGGCAGAAGGCACACCAGCUGCGUCUCAAGAUCUACCAGGACUGGCGCGCCAAGCUGAUGGAGCGCGUGUUCGACAACUCGAAGGAUAUCGCGUCGGCCGAAGACGCGGAGAUGCACGCGCCUGGGUGUGACUGCUGCUUCUGCGAGCUCACGCGGUGGUUGAGUAGCUACGAGGCCGUGACGACCGAGUACAUCCAAGUGAGCACCCGGGCUAAGAAUCCGGAGAACGACGGUGGCGAGGACAUCGUUUUCGAGAUGCCGGACUUCCUGACCACUUAGGUGGUGCGUAGUCGGGCACGCCAAGCUAGUUAGGGAUUUCUCGGCAGCGAGUGCGCCGGGAACGCCCGCGGAUCUCGUGUGGAACGAAGAGAAGGACUGCAUCGCGAGAUGGGGACCGACCCAGCGCCUCGGGGAGGCUGCGGAGCAGUACAAUACAUGGAACUACUACAACAAGAAGAGGCGCUUGCGCGGCGCCGCGAUCGUGGAAGUCGCGGCGGCCCCGGCGCGAGCGAGAGGGUGUGUGUGUGGAACAAUAGAAGUGCUCCGACUGCGUCUUCGCCGUCACCGGAAGCGCGUGCAUUACAGUCGGUAGUGGUAUUAUGAUCCCCCCGCCUCGGUGCGCAGGUUUAUAAGCAAGAUUAUAAGUACAAAGGGCUCAUUUGAAU